CGCGGGUGGGAGAGCGAAGGCGCCGCUAGCACGCGUGCGCGCUCCCUCGGUGCAGCUAGUCUGCGUGCGUGAGUGGGAGGUGGCAGGCCUCGGUCUCCGGCCUUCUCCGCUGACUGUUCCAGCGCGACGUCCCCAGCCAUGAACCGGUUUGGUACCCGGUUAGUGGGAGCCACGGCGACCCCACCGCCGCCGCAGCCGAAAGCCCGCAGCAAUGAAAACCUUGACAAAAUUGAUAUGUCUUUGGAUGAUAUCAUCAAAUUGAAUCGAAAGGAAGGAAAGAAGCAGAAUUUUCCGAGACUAAAUAGAAAACUCCAGCAAAGUAGUACCCGGCAAUUCAGGAUGAGAGUGCGAUGGGGAAUCCAACAGAAUUCUGGUUUUGGCAAGAAUAGUCUGAGCCGUAGAGGAAGAGUAAUGCCCGGAAAGAGACGUCCUUAUGGAGUUAUCACUGGCCUUGCAGCUAGGAAAGCAACUGGAAUUCGAAAAGGAAUUAGUCCUAUGAAUAGACCACCUCUAAGUGAUAAGAAUAUAGAACGGUAUUUUCCAGCAUUAAAAAGGAAGGCCAACCUUCUGAGACAAAAUGAAGUACAGAGAAAAGCAGUUGCAGUUCUCAAGAGACCUAACCAGUUAAAUAGAAAAAAUAACAUUCCAGCCAAUUUUACCAGGAGUGGAAAUAAAUUAAGUCAUCAGAAAGAUACUCGUCAGGCAACUUUUCUUUUCAGAAGAGGCCUAAAGGUUCAGGCCCAGUUGAACACAGAACAACUGCUAGACGAUGUAGUAGCAAAGAGAACUCGUCAAUGGCGGACUUCCACGACAAAUGGAGGAAUUUUGACUGUCUCUAUUGACAAUCCUGGAGCAGUGCAGUGUCCAGUAACUCAAAAACCACGGUUAACUCGUACUGCUGUACCCUCAUUCUUGACCAAACGGGAGCAAUCUGAUGUAAAGAAAGUUCCUAAAGGUGUCCCCCUACAAUUUGACAUAAAUAGUGUUGGAAAACAGACAGGGAUGACUUUGAAUGAGCGAUUUGGGAUCCUGAAGGAACAAAGAGCCACUCUCACGUUCAACAAAGGAGGAAGCCGUUUUGUAACCGUGGGAUAGAUCCGUGUCAAAGGGACUUUUGAGAGAUGACUCUGUUUUAAAAGUUGAAUUGCUUGAAGAGUUCACAGAAAUUCAAGAAACUUUAUUUCAAAAUAUUCACAAGGCUAAACAACUCUUAUUUUUAUUUUUGAAGUUUUUUUUUUUUUAAACAUGUAUAAAUAAUGCCCUGAAAGAAUAACAGGGAAUAUACCUAUCUGUUCUUAAGAUUUCAUAGUUGGCCCAGACAGAACAAUUCUCUAUUUGAUUUCUUUGGUUCCUCAUGAAGCAGAAAGAUAGAAAUUGAUUAUUUUUAUGAUAGUGGUAUUUAGGAUCUCAUCACUUUUGUCCAUUUUUUACACUUUGCCAUGGUAAAUCUUGGUCUUCAGAGAUAUGAGUAGGGCCCUUUGUUGUUGUCACCUAUCCUUUAAUAGUGUUGAUGUAAUAAGUGCAGUUGACUUUUCUUCAUUAGAGAUACUAAAAAAAAAAAAUCACUAGAAUUCCAGUUUUGAGUUUUAAGAUUUUUGGGAAUAUCUGGAAUUUGGGUUACUUUUUCAGAUGACAUUAGGUUAAUCCUCCAGAGUUGUUAAUCUUUAAUAACGAACUUUUAACAAGAAAUGUGACUCUAGGCAUUAGUCUUUGUUUAAAAUGAUGUUUAAAGGCUAUAAAUAAAUGUGUAUUUACACAAUUAUCUUGGAAGAGAAGGUCCAAUGUAAAAACCUGACAACUGUGUUUAGAAAAUGAAGAAAGCAGGAAAGGAAGUAGCAGGUUGAAGACAGGUAACUGAGGUGAAAAACUUUAAAACCCAGGACAUAGAUACACUGUUUGAAUUUAAGGUAGUUUUGAAUCUAGUGUCCGUGAAGAAUUCUUCAAAUGAUAUUUAGAAGAAUUACAGUUAUUAAAAUGGAUUGAGUCCCUUAGAUAUUUUGAUGGUAAAAUCAAUAGCCAUAAAGUCCUAGACUUCUUAUUCAAAAAGUUAAAUUUUAUAAGCUUUUUAAGCUUGCUAAUUAAACAGUAUACAGUUUCAAAAUCAAAAACAUAUUUGUAUAUGUCACAAAGAAAAAAAUCCAAAAUGGUAAUAAAGUUACAUUGUAACCUUGUUUUACACCUUUCUUGUAUAAAAUUCAGGCAUUUAUGGUGAGAGGGUUUUUUUUUUUUCUCCUACACUCUGGAGGAGUGGGAGGAAUUAAUCUGUUGUGCCAAGCUAGUGCUGAAAGUCCUCAGAUGGUUGUAUCGUAUAAGUUACAGUAUAAUGCCAAAAUGCAGCAGCAUAUUCCAGCUACAGGUUCAGUCAUUUUGAAGCUUAACCUUUUGGUUUGCUAUAAUGUUAAAACCUCUAAGUAGGUGUUAGUUUCCCUAGAGUGUAUUGGUGUUGGUUUUCCCUGUAAAACAAAACAAAACAUUCAGUUACCACUUUUGCCUGCCUUGCAUUGUUUAGUAGACGUCAUUCUUUUUCUCUCAUGCUCCUUGGGUUACUUGGUUUAUGCUAGCCACGGAAAAGUAUCAAUAACAGUUUCAUGCUUAUACCAAAGAAUUAAAUCUAAUCCUUAAUAUCUGGUAUUUUGCCAGUAAGUCUACUGAUAAGGGAUUAUUGGAAGCCAGUCACACAAUUUGAAAAUAAACUCUAGUCUCCUUAGGCCAAGGACUCAUUGCAAAACAUUUUUGCAAGUACAGAUGCUUAGAUUUCAUCCAUUAACAGUCCAUUUUAUUUUAAACUGGUUUAGAAUUACUGGUAGCUUAUUUUAAAGCAAAGGAAAAACAACUGAGCACAAAUUUGCUGUCUGAACAGUUUGUGAAAAUAUGGUAUAAAGAUGCUUUCAUUUUUUUUUAUUUUAAAUAUUGUACAGAGCUAUUAUUAAUGUCAUUUUUCUUGAAAACCUUAAAAAUUGUCCCAAAUAUUGACAUUAACAUUGCAUCAAACAACAAAGUGUCUUUGGUAUAUUAAACUUUUGCUCUUUGUGCA